CUCCUUCGACAUUUUCGACCCACACUCCCUCUGUUUCUUCCGUUUCUCUUAUUGUUUCCUUUUCCUUCUACCACGACUCAGAUUAGAGAACUGUUUCCUCUUACUGUCUAUCGCCAUGGCUGGCGAUCGCCCACUCCUUUCCGGUCGCCCUUCAUCCGAACACUCGCGCGAUCUCGCUGAAGAAGACGCCCUCCUCACCGGCCAACACACCGAUCGUGACUACUCUGCACCCCGGACAUGGAAGUUUUGGCGUGAAGUUGGUCUCUUUGUGUGGGCUGUCGUUGCCACCAUCGUGGUUAUCGUCCUCGCUGUCGUGUAUCAAUCUGCCUCCGCAUCGAAGCCGACUGAUCCCAAACCCAAUGGAAAGAGAAACUUGAUCUUUAUGGUGUCUGAUGGGAUGGGUCCCACCAGCUUGAGCCUGACCAGGAGUUUCAUGCAAUUCCAGAAUGGAGCUCCCUUCAGUGAGCAGUUGGUUAUUGAUCAGCAUAUGAUCGGGCAGUCCCGCACACGAUCGUCGUCAUCCUUGAUUACAGACUCAGCGGCCGGUGCGACAGCCUUCUCUUGUGCGCAGAAGAGCUACAAUAGCGCCAUAUCGGUCACUCCGGAUCACGAACCAUGUGGAACGGUUCUUGAAGCAGCCAAAAAGGCAGGGUACAUGACCGGGUUGGUCGUCACUACCAGGAUCACGGAUGCGACGCCAGCAUGCUUUGCGGCACACGUGAAUGUGCGUUCAGAAGAGGACAGGAUCGCAGAACAGAUGGUUGGAGAUUACCCGCUUGGAAGGGUCGUGGAUUUGAUGUUGGGGGGUGGAAGGUGCCAUUUCUUGCCCAACUCAACUGAGGAUUCAUGCAGAGCGGAUAACAAGGAUGUGGUGGAGCUUGCUAAGAAAAAUGGAUUCAACUAUAUCUCGGACAGGAAGGCUUUCGACGACCUGAAAGGUGGCAGCGCGCUCAAGUUCCCCAUGCUGGGUCUCUUCGCCGACACUGACAUUCCCUACGAGAUCGACCGCCGCAACGAGAACGACAUCUACCCGUCUCUCCACGAGAUGGCCGAAGUAGCCCUCAAAGCCCUGAGUGAAGCAACUCGCGAUAGUGAUAAAGGCUUCUUCCUUAUGGUCGAAGGUUCACGUAUUGACCAUGCCGGCCAUCACAAUGACCCGGCCGCUCAAGUCCACGAAGUCCUCGCCUACGACCAAGCCAUGACGAGUGUUCUUUCUUUCCUCGAAAAAGACUCUACCCAAGGCCUCAUGGUAUCCACAUCCGACCACGAAACUGGCGGCCUAGCAACUGCACGCCAACUCCAUGCAUCAUACCCAGAAUACGUCUGGUAUCCAGGCCCAUUGGCCAAUGCCAGCCACUCUGCCGAGCGUCUUCACCAAGAAUACAACAAAUAUCUCGACAACUCCCCCUCAAAAGCUGACCAAACGGCGUUUCUCGAAUCUGCGAUCGAAAACGGUCUCGGUAUCCACGACUAUAAGGAGGAAGACAUCGAAACCCUCAUCGCCAGCCCCGAAAUCGCCCUCUACACCUUCGCUGAUCUUGUCUCCCGCCGUUCGCAAACGGGGUGGUCCUCGCACGGACACUCAGCUGCUGACGUUAACAUCUACUCGUCCGACCCCAAGCAGGCCGCCGCGCUUGUGGGCAAUCACGAGAACACCGAGGUCGGUGCCUUUCUCCGCGAUUACCUCGAAGUCGACGUUGAAGCUGUUACACGCGAGUUGAGGGAGAAAGGCGUGGGGUUGAUGGCGACGGGUGCGAACGGCACCACUGUCGGGUGGAUGGGUAGAGUGCCUGAGGAAGGGGAGAGGCUCGAUGGUCAGACACAUCUUGCUUCUUAUGAUGGAGAUUCCAAGAGGGGACUGGUACAUGGUAGAGAUUGUGGCUGUGGGCAUUGA